AUGGCGCAAUCCCCGCCAAUCUAUGAGGGCUCACGCAAAGUGGGCUCUAACCUGUUUCAGGAAUUAAGUUCCGACACCGAUGACUGCUCAUCCAUGGAUGAAAAUGGGUUCAAGAAACCUAGAAGCGAGAGGAAGAAGGAGAAAUCCAAAAAGAAGAAAGAGGAGAAAUCGAAGAACGACGCAGAAGCGAAGAAGGACGGAGAAAAUCCAAUAGCAGAGCCCAUGUAUGAUGAGGCAGAACAGGCAGUCAGAGGCACCACCAAACGAGCAAAACCGAAAGAGAGUGAAGCCGACGAAAACAAGAAAGAGAAGGUACUCAAGACGAAUGAGCAAGAAGAGAUGAGGAAAAUGCUAGAGGCGAUGACGACAGAGAGAGACCAACAAAGAGCCGAAAACGAGAAACUAAGGAUCGUAAUCCAAGAACAAAAGGAAGAGAUGAAGAAAAUGUCAGCCCAAUUGAACAAUCUGGGUGCUAGAUACAAGCAAAACACUAUAAAAGAUACGCCUAGAAAGGCAUCCUACGAGAGGAAGUCCUAA